AUGAACCAGGAUGAAGGUGGGGUCGGGCCUAGUAGCCUGAAGGGAUUCUAUUCUUAUAAGAAUACAUUUGGCGCAGAUAGUGUCUGGCUGGAUAUACCGAAGGAAGUGGUGUUUGUUGAUAACUCGGACCCUUACGCCGAUGAACUGGAAGAACAAUUCACUGCAGAUACCCCUUUAGACACUCAUGGUGAACCCGCAUGGAGUCAUGGUGGGGGAUACCUGCCGCCCUUUACGGAAGCUCAAACACAUGGCCUAGAUGCGCUUUCGGCCGCAGCAACGGCGGAGAACCAUCCCAUCUAUCAAUCUGUUGCAGAUCACAUUGCUGAGAAUAGUAACAGUCAUACCAGGCUUGAGACUACUGAACACCCAGAAGCAACAAUAUCAAGCUCAUCUCCAACUAUUGCCAGGAUCCCAACUGAAGCAUCUCCUGGGUCUCUGUCACUACCACUAUCGUCACCCAAUAAUAACGUCGGUUUCGUGUUAAAUGCGCCCCCCAAUGGUAUGCCACAACCGAUUGACCCUGGUCUUCACUCCCCUGAGAAUCAGAGGGCCACUUCUUCGGUUUCUCAAGGCUUGACACAGGUAAUGAGAGUUACCUCUUUAGUUGAAACUGAGCAUGAAGCGGCAUUUUUCCUUCGACAUUUUUCAGAAGGACCUGGCCGGUGUCCGCUCCUGAAAUAUGCUGCAUGCGCAUAUUCUGCAAAGCAGAUUGGCCGCAUUAAGGGGACUAAUGCGGUUACUGGAGGUUCCUGUUUGAGACAGGCUAUGAUGGAGAUAUGGCCUGAUACAGAAAGAGUUGACUGGAAUUAUUACGGGGUGAAGUAUUAUGAAAAGGCGAUCCAGCUUCUUAUGGAAGAAUUACAACACAAUGGGAAUUUUUCUCCACUAUCUGGGUCACAAACAAGUGGAAACUUACAAGCAGAAGACCCUGGUGGGCUGGAGAACACUAGCAGCAAAAGACGGAAGGUCUCCAUUGCUGAGGUUCAAUUAUCUAGUCCACAUUCUGACGAUGUCCUUGCUGCCAUCUCAAUUAUCUUUGCCUACGAAUUUUUGGAUAAUACGAGCCCAGUAUGGGAUAGGCAUUUUAGUGGUGUGCAAUCUUUACUAGACAUUAUGAAAGCAGGAAUUGUGCCAUCUGAAAAGCAAAAUUCAUCUGGAAACUUGAAUGUUGCAACCUCGAAACUACCUCGAUUUUCGAAGGUAGGGAAAGCAAUCUUCUGGAAUUUUGCGCGUCAAGACUAUCUUUCAGCAUUUAUCAAUGAAACCCUAACCAGAUUGGUCACUAGUGACCUAACAUUAUGGACAGAAGCUGGGCUUAUUCUCAAUGAUGCAGGAUUUUUUCAACAAGAAAGCGCUACUGAACAUAAUGAAUCCACGAAGGAAGACAUAAUAUCAAACACCCUGAUAUGGAUCCUUUCAAAAAUCGUUGAUUUCAUAGCUGUUGGUGAUAGUAGAAACCAUGGAGAAAGUUUCACUGGAGCAUCCCAAAAUACCCUCCUGGAUAGAUGGAAUCGGCUUCAGGCAGAGCUAGACACAUGGUUUCAUGCGUUACCUGACACGUUCAAGCCUUGUGCUAGGAUCGACUCGCCUCCAGGACCUCACUCUUCCCAAGACGUAUGUCCAUUCCAGGAGAUUUGGUACAGCAUCCCAAUGUGUGCCUCGGCGAUGCAACACUAUCAUAUGGCCCGCAUUCUCCUACUCAUCAAUAAGCCACACGAGUCAACAGCACGCAGAAGUACUGUUACAGACAGACUAAACUCCUACAGAUCCAUUGAGAAAGAGAUUCAAAACCAUAGCCGUGAAAUCUGCGGGAUAUCUGCUUCUCGGCUCGAAGCAUCUGCACGCAUUCAUUCUAUUCAGCCAUUAUUCGUCAGUGGCCAAUGUUUGACCGGCGAGUUAGAACGGAAGGCCAUUCUACAACUUCUCUGCAGAAUCGAGGCAGAUCUCGGCUGGGCUACUAAGUAUCGUGUUCAGCAACUCCUUGCAGAAUGGAAUUGGGACGAGACUGUCCUUGAUUCUCUCCCAGGGUGA